AUGUACAAGCAUCACAUCUAUACAGUAUUUGCAAAAAAGUACAGAAUUGACCCACCUUUCCCGAUCAGUCUUGAGAGCCUAGUAAAAUAUUUGAAAUUCAAGAGAAAGACUAAUAAACAAAAGUCAUUGAAAUGGCAUCUCAGUGGAUUGGCGAAUCAUCCAUUGCAUGAUGAAGUUUGGAAAAAGAAUGUUCUUCAACACCCUACCAUAGAAAAUAUGUUGGCCGAGUACAAGAAAACGGAUGAGAAACUGGUGAAAAAAAAGUCUUCGAGAAAUAUUAUAACGUCUACGAGCACAGAACAGAUCGAAGUUGAAGUUAAGAAAGAGGAGGAGGAGGAAGAGGAGAUAGUGGAUGAUGAGAAAGAGGAGGACAAGGACAAGGUUGAUCGUGAGGGAGGCGGCGGGUACAGGGCCGUGUACGACAAUGAGAGUGCGGAUCGCGUGGUCAAAGUUCCUAGAGCCAAAGGCUUUAUGGUGAUCGAUUCUGAUUCUAAUUCUGACAAGCCAGAAAAUGAUGUCCUGAAAUUAAGCAAGAGGUCUGAGCCGAUCAUUCCGCUUAAGACUUUGAGACAGCACAAGUUUGUCGUAUUGAUCAAGAAGUGA